ACUCCCUUGGUGAUCAGCCUCCAGUGCACUAUCGGAAACACCUGGAAGAAGAUGGAGUGGCAGAUAUGACCCAGUUAGAAGACCUACAUGAUGGUGCAGUGUUGUACAAUUUAAAGAAGAGGUUUGAACAGCAUAUUAUAUAUACAUACAUUGGCAGCAUUCUCUUAUCUGUGAAUCCAUAUAAAAUGUAUAACAUUUACGGGACUGACGCCGUGUUGAAAUAUAAAGGGAAAUCAUUCGCAGAAAACCCACCACAUCUCUUUGCCAUUGCUAAUGUGGCCUACUCAAAGAUGGUUGAUGCCAAACACAAUCAGUGCAUUAUAAUCAGUGGUGAAAGCGGAUCAGGCAAGACUGAAGCCACCAAACUGGUUCUCCGUUAUUUAGCUGCCGUGCACCACAAACACAAAGACAAUGUGACACAACAGAUCCUUGAAGCCACACCCCUUCUGGAGUCCUUCGGGAAUGCCAAAACAGUUCGAAAUGAUAACUCCAGUAGGUUUGGGAAAUACAUUGAAAUAUUUUUGCAGGAUGGGGUGAUAUGUGGUGCCAUAACCUCGCAGUAUCUUCUUGAGAAGUCGAGGAUUGUGUUUCAGGCCAAAAAUGAAAGAAACUACCACAUUUUCUAUGAGAUGCUGGCAGGACUCUCGAGUCAACAGAAGCAAAGAUUCUACCUUCAGGAGGCUGAGACAUACUACUACCUGAAUCAGGGUGGAAAUUGUGAAAUUUUUGGGAAGGAUGAUGCGGAGGAUUUCAUCAGGCUGCUCAGCUCAAUGGAGGUGCUCAGUUUUAGCCCAGAUGAACAGAACAGCAUCUUCCGCAUUCUCUCUUCAGUUCUUCACCUCGGGAAUGUCUACUUUGAGAAAUAUGAGACAGACUCGCAGGAGGUUGCUUCAGUGGUGAGUGCUCGUGAGAUCCGAGUGGUGGCAGAACUGUUACAGAUCUCUCCUGAGGGGCUGCAGAAAUCCAUCACGUAUAAAGUGACGGAAACCAUGAGGGAGAAGAUUUUCACCCCUCUAACUGUGGAAAGUGCAGUCGAUGCCAGAGAUGCCGUUGCCAAGAUCCUUUACUCCCUGCUCUUCACUUGGCUCACUGACAGGAUAAACAAGUUGGUUUCCCCCAAGACAGAAUCAUUGUCCAUAGCUAUUUUGGAUAUUUAUGGAUUUGAGGAUUUGAGUGUUAACAGCUUUGAACAGCUUUGCAUUAAUUAUGCUAAUGAGUACCUACAAUACUUCUUCAAUAAGAUCAUCUUCAAAUUGGAGCAGGAGGAGUAUAUCAGAGAACAGAUCGACUGGAAGGAAAUUACUUUCAGUGACAACCAGGCUUGCCUUGAUCUUAUUUCACAGAAGCCUCAUGGAAUCCUUAGGAUACUGGAUGACCAAAGCACCUUCCCACAGGCAACUGACCACACCUUCCUGCAAAAAUGUCACUAUCACCAUGUCAACAACCCCCUGUACUCAAAGCCAAAGAUGCCUCUGCCUGAAUUUACUAUUAAACACUAUGCUGGGAAAGUGACAUAUCAAGUCUACAAAUUUAUUGAGAAAAAUCAUGAUCAGGUUCGACAGGAUGUCAUGGAGUUGUUUGUCAACAGCAAAACAAAGAUUCUAACUAGUCUCUUCUCUGGACAAACCAUGAAAAUCAUGUCAACUAGGAACAAUACCAUCAGCCGUAGAUACCAGGCUCCCACUGUGGCAGCCAAAUUCCAACAGUCUCUGAUGGAACUGGUGGAGAAAAUGGAAAGCUGCAAUCCUUUUUUUGUCCGCUGCAUCAAACCAAACAACAAAAAGGAAUCCGAACUCUUUGAGGUUGAUGUUGUCAGCUCUCAGCUACGGUAUUCCGGAAUUUUGGAGACCAUCCGUAUCCGGAAGGAGGGCUAUCCUGUCCGCAUUACAUUUGAUAAUUUCAUCAAGAGGUACAAAAUCUUACUGGGACUGACAAAUCAGAUAAAGGCGGAUGGCGAGAACUGUGUAACCAUCUUGAAACAGAUCAUUCCUGUCAGCAGAGGAACAUACAGCAUCGGACUUACCAAGCUUUUUCUCAAAGAGAAUUUAUAUCACACUCUGGAGAUCAAACGGGAUGGUCUCCUGCUCAUUGCCUCCCUCACCCUGCAGCGAUACGCACGUGGGUUCUUUGCAAGGAAACGCUACAUAAUGCUCCGGAGGACAGUCAUUCUGCUGCAGGCUUCUGCCAGAGGUUACCUCACCAGGAAGAAAUUUCAAAAGUUUAAGGAAAGUUUGAUCAAAGUACGAUCCAUCAUCCUCAUGUUUACGAACCGCAAAAGAUUCCUCAGACUACGAGAACAGAAACGUGAGAGGAUUGAGAUGGAACAAACGAUGAGGGAAGUGGUGAAUGUUGCUCACCUGGACAUUCCUGCUGAGUUGGCUUUCUUACUCCAAGCUGCAGCGGCUCUUGAAGAAAACCACAGUGAUUGUAUUAUCCAGAUUGAAACUCCAAAACUACAAUCAGAGGAACAGCUAGUAAUGACUCUUGAUAUCAACAACUACCCUUUCUCCAGAUUUGUACGGGUUCACUUCAAGAAACACUUAUUCGGUAUGUUGACCACUCCACUGGAUGAAGCACUGAUCCAAUCAGAAGAAGAUUUGAGUGAAGAAGCUGUUAUGGUCUUCAAGCUGAUAAUGAGAUUCAUGGGUGAUCCCCAACUAAAUGGAGCUCAAGAAAUCCUCUUUGGUGAUUACAUAGUCCAGAUCGGGCUGGCUAGCCCUAGUCUGCGAGAUGAAAUCCUUGCUCAACUAGCCAAUCAGGUGUGGAGAAAUGCCAAUGAUAAGAAUGCAGAAAGAGGCUGGCUCUUAUUGGCUUCCUGCCUCAGUUGUUUUGCUCCCUCUUCCAAGAUGGACAAGUAUCUGCUGAAGUUUGUGUCGGAUCAUGCUUACAAUGGGUUUAAGUCUGUGUGUCAGCACAAGCUCAUGCAGGCAAUGCAAAAGACCAGGUACGGUCCAGGGGGAGCCAGAAGCUUCCCGCCUUGUCUUCUGGAGUGGGCAGGCAACAAGAGGAAAGGCAACAUUGUUUUAGAAGUCUCCUGCUUGGAUGGUGUGAACUUCCUGUGCCCAGUGAAUUCCUGGACCACAGGAGAGGAACUGGGACAAGAUAUUCUGCGACACAGGGGUGUGACAGAAGGCUGGCGAGGUUGGUCAGUGGCAAGGAAGAGUAAAGGCGAAUGGGCCGAGCUUGGAGGCCAUGACUAUGCAAUGGACCUCGUAUCUGACCUGGAACUCGUGACAGCUUUCCCAAGGCAGAAAUUCUACUUCAUUUCCUCUGAGGAAAAGGCAAGAAGCCAGAAGAACAGAAAUGUCAGUGUCUUUGGCCAUGGUUUCGACUCAGAUGAUGAUAUUCCCUCCCCUCCCAUCGCACAGGCAAUUCCUGCUCCUGACUAUUAUUAUUCUUAUUCCAAUGCCUUCAAUGAACACCGCUCUCAAAAAGGACUCGAUCAUUAUCUUGAUAGCCUGUUUGAUCCUGUUUUAUCGUAUGAAAAUGGGGAUUUGGAACGGUCUUCCUUAGUGUCAGCCCGAAUGAAGGGAGGUGGGAAAGUAGGAGCUGGCAAUGGAGACGAGGCUCAGCUGACCCCUGUGAAAUCUAUGGAGAUCCCUGGAGCCCAUCGAGGCUAUGACCCUUCCCAAUUGAAUGCCCAGCAGCAAGAUUUCGUAAACCAGCAAGCCUACCUCCUGGCCCAGCAAAUGACCCUGCAGGCCAUGGCCCUCCAACAGCAAAUGACAAGUGCCAGCUCACCAGACUCCAGCCUGAACUAUGACCCUAAAGCUGCCAUGAAAGACACCAACAGCACCCACAGUGCACCAAUCACAGCAUCCAAACCAAAAGUGAACUUCCCUGGUCAGACUAACGCUGCCAACAAAGACCCAGCCCAGCCGCUGAUCUCCCACAAUGCUGCCAAAGGGAAGGCACCUGUCAACAGGCCCAGUGCUGCUCAAACCCCAAAACUCAAUGUUGCAACACAAGACCCUGUCCGUCACACCACACUCAAUUCAGAGCAUUUUCCAGAGCCAACACACAACAUCAAGGAUAUCAUCAAGCAAUACGAGCAGCCAGCAACUCAGAAGAAAACUGGGCCUGUUAUCAGAAAAGAAGCUGGAAAGGUAUUCACCAAGAAAAUGGACCCUCAUGAAGAGGCUAUGUUUAUCUUGAAAGGACAGAAAAUGCCACGUAUUUCCCAGAAACCAGCACCUGCACCGUCACAGGAAAAGAGUUCCAAAGAAACCGUUGCCAUGGUGAAGCCUGUCAGUGGCGUGACACUGAAGAGCAGCACCCAACUAGUGCCAGCUGUCUCUGCCAGACACCCUGUGUUCUCGGGAGCUUCGAUUUCUCGGGAGCUGACAGGAGAAGACGAGAAGAUCCAGACACAGCUACAUGGGCAGCCUUGUGAGGGAUACUACACCUACAGCAAAAUGCCCUGCGAUAUCUACAUCCGCAAAGAGGUAUUUUAUCCUAAGGACAGUUUCCACAGCCCUGUGAUACUGGAUCUUAUUUUCAGACAGAUCGUGAACGAUACAUUCUCUGAAACUUGUGUGAGGCUGAACAAAGAGGAGCAGAUGAAGAUGAAAUCUUUCCUAGCUGAAAACAAGAUUCAAGCCUCAACUCUGGUGAAGGAUGAAGCUAUCAAGAGGAAGACUGUGAUGGUGGCCAGAAAGACUUGGGAUUUUUAUUUCUGCCGUCUGUUCCCUGCCUCCGGCAGUGUGGGCACUGGAGUGCAGAUUCUGGGAGUCUCCCAUAAAGGAAUCUGUCUACUGAAACUAGUGAGAGCCAGUAGCACAGCAGCAGAGAAACUGAGGGUGCUCAGGAGCUACAGCUACUCAGACAUCUUGUUUGUCACCAUCCCUUCUAAGAAUAUGCUGGACUUCAACCUCACCAAUGAGAAGCUGAUUCUGUUUUCCUCCAAGGCUCCACAAGUUAAGAGUAUGAUCGAUUAUUUCAUCACGGAACUGAAGAAGGAUUCUAACUAUGUAAUAGCUGUGAAGAGUCACAUCACAAACAACAGCUCCAACCUAAGAUUCCACAAGGGAGACAUCAUCCGCUUACAACCCAUGGAAGGUCUCGAGAAAGGUCAGUAUCGUUGCUAUGGCUGCAUCGUCAGAAAGAAGGUUAUAUACCUGGAAGAGUUAAAGAAAUACAUUCCUGAUUUUGGGUGGAAGUUUGGAGCUUUCCAUGGCAGGUCUGGGCUAUUCCCCCUGGAAUAUGUGCAGCCUGUGGCUGCCCCAGACUUUAUUCACCUAAGCACUGACAAGAAAGAGGAACCAAUGGACAAAAAGGGCAAAGUAGCAGCUUCAGCCUCGGCCACAGUGGCAGCUGCAGUGGGAUUGACAGCAGCAGCUGAGGAACUGGACAGAAAGUCAGAGGCCUCUCCACCAUCCAGUGAGUUUGUAGAUAGUAUACCUGAAUACGUCCUUCAGGAUAACCAGUACACCAUGAUUGAAUUUGCCAAGAAAUACUUCCGUCAGCCACACAAAUGGGAUGGUGGUGAUUUCAACAAAGAAAAAUCUAAAAAAGGCAAAGAUCCCAAGGAGCCAGCUGAGCUGAUGAAGUACACAAAGACUCCAAUCCAAGAGUCCCUGAUUGAGUUCUCGGAUGAGAAUAUGAACAAGAUAGCAGCUGAGAUCUUUGUUGCUGUCAUGAAAUUUAUGGGGGAUCAUCCACUCAAAGGACAGACAGAACAAGAUGCUGUCUAUACUAUCCUUAAGCUGUGCGGGGAACACGAGGUGAUGAAAGAUGAAACCUACUGCCAGAUUAUCAAACAGAUCACUGACAACACCAGCUCCAAAACUGAUAGUGUUCAGCGAGGUUGGAGGCUGCUCUAUAUCCUCACCGCCUAUUACAAGUGUUCAGAGGUGCUCAAACCUUUCCUCUUUAAAUUACUGGAGUCUGUCUGCAGGAUGCCCGUUGCCAGUUUUCAAGGAAUUGCUAAAGCUUGCGAUCACAACCUGAAGAAAACCUUCCUGCUCGGAGGCAGGACCCAAUUCCCAGAUGGCAUGGAGCUCAAAGCUAUGGUGGCUGGGAGAAGCUCCAAACGACAAGUCUUCUUGUUGCCUGGUAACGUGGAGAGACAUCUGAAGAUAAAAACCUGCACAGUUGCGGCUGACGUGAUUGAAGAUUUUUGCAGCGAAAUGGGGCUUCAAAACCCAGAGGCUGCAGAUGAAUAUUCCGUGUUUGUCAUCACCAACAAAGGACAAAAUGUACAUCCACUGAAAAAGAAAGAUUACAUCCUUGAUAUAGCUGCAGAAAUGGAGCAAGUUGAUCAAAACUUCACUUUCUGUUUCCGACGUGUGCUCUGGUUUCAACCACUCAAGUUUGAGAAUGAGCUGUGCGUGACUGUGCAUUAUAAUCAGAUUGUUCCAGAUUACCUAAAAGGACUCUUGCAUAUCCUGAAUCAGGAUAUGAUGAGUGACAGUCAGCUCCAGCAAGUGUCAAAGUUGGCAGGUCUACAACAUCGGGCAAAAGACAAUCUAUACCUGCCCACCAUCCGGGAGGUGCAGGAUUACAUACCUGCACAGAUUUACAGAGAUCAGCGGCCACAGCCUUGGUUGAACAUGGUGACACAGAAUAUUCAACAUGUUCAGGCCCUUAGCUCUCACCAGGCCAGAGCCCAGUUCCUUGGACUUGUGAGUGCAUUCCCCAUGUUUGGAUCCUCAUUCUUCUACAUCCAGAGCAGCAGCAACAGUGCGAUUGUUGCCCCUUGUAUUCUGGCCGUCAACCAGAAUGGACUCAAUUUCCUCAACAAGGAGACUCAUGAACUGAUGGUCAAUUUCCCAUUGAAGGAGGUACAGUCCACCCUAACUCAGCGAUCAGGCCCUAGUGACAGCUAUCCAUAUGUGGAGAUUAAACUGGGAGACUUGAUGUCCCAAAGAAUAACACAACUUCAGCUUGAUCAGGCUUUGGAAAUGUGCCGUGUCACAGCCAUGCAUGUGGAGUCCAUGCUGCUGGCUCGAGAGAAGAGGUUGACUCUUCCCCCCAGUGAGAUUACCUUGCUGUGA